AAACGAGGCACGUUAAGUAUGCAUCGUCCCCAGUUCAAAAUGGCGGAAAGGGGAAACUUAUGAGCGAGUAUAAUAUAAGGUUUUAGGUUCAUUUUUCAGGACAAAGUUGGACAAAUGUUUUCCCGAUUUGGUAUUGGAAGAGUUUUAGGGAUCAGUGGUCGUCUAUCAAAUACAUGCGUAUCAUUGAAGCCAGAAAAAGUUUUGUUGGCAUCUCAAAGCAGUGCAAUCCACAGUUCAAAUACCAGAAUGAACAGUACAGAACAGUACAAAUUUGAAACUCUUGCUGUGACUAAACCACAGGAACAUGUGAUUCAGGUGGAACUUAACAGACCAGACAAAAGAAAUGCCAUGAAUGGAACAUUUUGGAGGGAAAUGGUGGAUUGUUUUCGGCAGAUUGGUGAUGAUUCUGACUGCAGAGCUGUAGUUUUAACCGGAGCAGGAAAAAUCUUCACUGCAGGUCUUGAUCUGAUGGAUAUGGGGAGUGAUUUGAUGAACUCUGACUUGGAACCCUCCAGAAGAGCUCAUAUGCUGAGAAAACUCAUCCUCUUCCUACAAGAGUCAUUUCGUAGCAUUGAAAAAUGUCCACAGCCAGUCAUUGCCGCAGUUCACUCAGGGUGUGUGGGUGGAGGAGUUGAUAUGAUCUGUUCCUGUGACAUCCGUCUUUGCUCCUCUGAUGCUUGGUUUCAAAUUAGGGUAAGUGACUCGUUCAAGUUUCCAAAAGUUGAGCUUAAAACUAGGUAUGAACUUUCCUUCACCAGCAGGAAAGUCUGAGUCAUUGAGUAAUGCAAGAUAGCAAUAGACUUGCAAGGAGUACAAAACUGAUAAUGAUUAUUGGAGCCAGCUAGAUCCCAAACAAACCUCCACUCCACUUGUCUAAAAUCUUUC